UGCGGAUUGCAUUUUGUGAUUCAUAAUUUAGAAAUGUUAUUUUCGUUACCGGUACCUAACCCGAAUUCUCCGUACAAAAUGUCCCAUUAUGCGAUGAAUCGUAACUGUAAUCCUCAUAUCUACUAAGCGAACCGAAUUAGUAAUCAAAUAUGGAAGUUGACGACUAUAAUUUUUGUGAGUUGUUGCGGAUGGAGCCUGUAGCCAGGAUGCCAGACGAGGACCUCCUACAUUCAGAGGUCGCUAUCAUGUCAGGUGGACGGGAUCAGAGCGGACGACCUCUCGUGACCUUUCCUGCACAGAAUCAUGGGAUACUGGAGUCAAGGGUCAUGGGGAGCGGUCUUGAUCGUAUUCUGCGCUACUACAUCAACAUCACAAGCCCCACCACCAAGGUCCAUGGUUUUGCCUUCAUUGCCGAUCUGCGUUUUUCAACAUUAGAUUUCAUCUCCAUGCUCAAGUCUUCCCUCAACAGUCUACAGGCUGAGACAAGCAGUGCGGUCGGUCCAUUCAUGCUGUACCUGAUACAACCCAUCGACAAGAAGUGCCUCAAAGACACACAGACCUUACUCGCUCUCAGGCAGAGUAAGAAGAAGAGCAAUAAACACAUCCCAUCUACCCUCUUCCAGACCGUCAUGGUAGUAGAUGAAAUGGACUUGUACAACCAUGUUGAUAAGAGUCAGUUGACUGCGGAUCUUGGCGGAUACCUGCAGUACUCACACAGUGCUUGGGUUCGGUUUAGGAAGACUGUUGAACCUUUCUUUGUGUGUUACGAAGAGGUGAUCCCAAAGCUGCCUGAUGCCUUCUCCAGGCUUGAGGACCUGGAGAGUUAUGAUCUCGGGGAGACGAGAGAGGAUCUAGAGAGACAGCGAGAGAACAUGCAACAGCUAAUCAGAGAUCUCUUCAGGGAACUUGGCCUAGAGUCCUUGAGCCAAGAGUGCGAUGACCUCCUAUCCAAGAUCAACCAAUCUGACAUCGAUGAGGUGUAUGCCGCGGUGGCUCAGAAGCCUGUCUUCCGUGAAGUCCGUCUGCUGGCGGAGUACUGCAGGGAGAAGCUUACCAUGAUGAAGCAGAGGCUUGAUGCGGCCAGGGACAGGGUCGAAGGUCGCGUGGAGGAUGAAAUGAAACGGAUCGAUCUCCUUGAGGAGAUGCAGAAUCUUUCAAACUGGUUACUGAAUGAAGGUCCGACAGGGCUGAAGAGACUUGAGAUAGCUGACUCUCUCGGAAGGGCGGAGAUGUUAUGUAAUCACUUUGAAACGGGUGUGGCGUCACUUGCGGUGGACAAAUUAGCACAAGCAGACGGCCUAAAAGAAGAGUUUCAAACACUCGUCAGUGAAGGUGGCAACGGGUUUGCCAAUUUGAGGAGUGCGGUCAGGGCUUUGGAAGGGCAUGCCGAGAACUACCAGAGCAUGUUAGAUGAUCGGCGCCACGUAUUGUCUACUGUGAGGAGCUUCUAUGGUCUGUAUGACAAGAUUGCAAGGUGGUGCGUAAGAGCACUCAAGUUUCUUCCAUCCGACAUCGUCGACGUCCACAACGACAUCCGAUCGGAGCGAACCAAGAGUCGUCGUCGUGGCCAGGACGUCGGAGAUGCGGAGUAUCGCUGGAUCGAGGACUCGGAGCGGUUCCUUCGUAAGCAUCCUUCGCCCAAAGAGGAGGAUGUGACGUCGAUGAUGGAGUAUGUCGAGACGGUCGGGGAGAAAGUGAGGAAGAAGAAAGCCAAGCAUUUAGCAAACAGAUGUGCUGUUCUUCUAAGAGUCCUGAACACCAAUGACCUGGCCAGCGAGAAAGAUGUCCUCCUGGCGAAAAAGUGGCAGGGCGAGGUCGUCGGUUCCCGUGAUGACAGUCAGCGGGAGAAGACGAAAGGUGUCAUCCGUGAGAGGAAGGACGGCGAUGGGGUGGAAGAAGCAAGGAUGGAAGCAGAGGAAGAGAAGAGGGAGGAGAUGGAGUCUGAGGUUGAUGAUCCCUUGCUGAGAAGGAUAGGGAGGCACACACCGAGCAAGGAGGUUGAGGUCAGAGGUCAAAGGUCAAAGAGACGAUCGUCAAAAGGGAAGGUGGAAGAGAAGGCAGACGAUAGGAAGAGCGAUUCUGACGGGAGAGGGAGGAAAGUUGCAGAUGAGGAAAGGAGAACUGACGAUGGAGCAAAGGAAGAGAAAGAAGAUGUAAGAGUGGAGAAGGAUAAAGAUGAGAGAGGGAAGGAAAGAGAACAGUCGCAGUGGAUCCGACCUAGUCAGGAUUUCUGGGCGGGGCGGAUCCCGGGUGUGGCACGCCAGAGUCAGCCGCAAACUGAUGAAACGGAUGGAAGGGUUGCGCAACAUUAUGAUAAUGUUGGGAUGCCAGUGCAAGAUGUCCAUCCACACAUGGCAGGCAGACUGCAGGGUCCUGAUCAACAAGUGCAGGAUGUGAACUCUCCUCAUCUUACUGCUUCCAAUGCAGGUGGAUUUCAGCGUUACUUGAACAGGAAUCAGAAUGCGAAUCCAUCUCCAAGCUAUGUGAAUGGUCACCCGCUGCAUGCGCUUCAUGGGAAUGUUGCACCGCUCCAUCAUCAGCAGGUGGGUCCAUUCCAGGGCAUGCCAGGCCCCAUUAACCAAUCACAUCUGGGUACUUUCCAAACUCGCCAAUCACAGUUCCCUGUUCAUGGGCUAAACCAAUCACCUUACAGUAUUCCACCCGGGAGUGACGUAGCCUCCAGACAGCAUGUGCAGGUGAUGAACACCUCAGCGCAGACGUGCACAUUGUAUGAUCCUGUGACGGGCUUACCAUAUCAAGCGUACCUUCAAUCUCCUAGAAGCACAAGCCUGCAGGGAGAUCCGCGGUCUACGGACUAUCUCUCUGAUUCCCAACACAGUACCCCCGGGCUGGGGCAUCACAGGGGGCAGAGACUGGUAGAUCCGCACAUCUCAGGCAUGCAUGCACUCCAAGCACUGGUCGGACACCCUCAACAUCGGGUCACCGGUCAUAACCGCACGCAUGCUCUCAACAUUGGCUUAUCCUCCAUGCAGGCUCAGCACAGCAGAGCCAGCACACCUCGCAGCGAACACAAGAGGGAGCUCUCACCGUACGAGGACGUCCUUAGUCGCAUCGGGCAGAUGCGCACAAGAGCUCGCCGCGGGAAGAACGGCCACGACAAGUCAAAGCCGACAUCCAGAGAGAUGCGUGCGGCAAAGUCUGUCCCAAACUUGAGUAAUUUAUUAGCAGGUGUGCACAUGGAUGGGGCUGGGAAUAGAUAUGGCGAUACUGGUCUUGACCUUGAGGGGGAUCGCCAGAGCGAUUACUACGCCAGAUUGGCGCAUCUGGAUGAUCAAACGGGACGUUGCUCGUCGGAGCAUGCCACCAAGAAAUGGGUCAGCCGUCUGAUGGCGGAUGAUCUCCAUUACGCAAAUUCGUCCAGCUUGCGCUCAGCUUCACCAGCUCUGCCCUCAUCAAAUACCCCUAGAAAUCAACCCCGUCCUCUUACGCCACAGGAGAAAUAUGAACUUGAAUCGCUGACAUCGCUUCUGAAUGAGAGCGAUGAUGACGACGAUGAUUCCGCUCCUGUCUCGAAUUCACCGACGAGAGACCGGUUUAGACUUGGUGAUAUAUCCAGUAGCCAAACGCGAAGUAGAGUGUUACCAACCAGACCCCCAAAUAUUGACUUUGACGCAGAUCAGCGAGAGUUGGAUCAAAUAAGGCAGAAUUUGUCUGGGUCGUUUGCUGCACCUGGUAACAGUGAAUUUGGCGUGACUUUUGACCCUCUGCAAACAAAUGAACUCUCACCAAAUCUGCAUCACAGUAGUCUCUCAUCCAAUGAAAUAUCGCCACUUCACUAUCCCUCAAGCCAUAGUACUCAAACACACCCCCAUCCAACAAGUCAAUCCUCCCAUGCUACCUACAACUCGGCCUAUCACAGUUCAGCAUCAUUCGCAGGGGCCAAUCAGGGAGGCUCCUCAUACACAUCACACCAUCAGAACCAGACUGGUCCAUUCAACGGCAGGGGUGUUCCCAGCAGUCGUCUGCCAUCAGGAGGAGCGGAGGGAACAACGCUAGCACCUAUGACUGAGCAGAUGAGGGAGUAUUUUGGUGAGGUGGGAGUGACCGAGGAAGAACUGGUGCAGCAAGGGUUGGAGGAGAGAUUGAGAAACGUCCAUGUCAACCAGGUGCAAGAGAGAGCUACCCGCGACCAUCUCAGCACCCCAAACUUCUUAGCCGAAGCCAUGAACACGCUGGUCAAACUAGACUCCUCGGCCGAUUCCCAACUACCAGUAGGGCUCCCUCUAGGGGCCAGACACAUGCUGCAGCGCAACCCGAGCCUCCAGCUCUCAGACGAGGGCGUCAUCAUUGAUGGUGCAUCAUGGGACGGGACCCUGGAGCCCGGCAGCGUCGCCACCACAGAACGGGGGAGUGUGGAGAGUGGAGUAGGGUCAAGGGGUCAAGCCAGUAACCCCUAAAGGUCAGAGGUCAUGGAGGACAUAUCAAGGCAACUGAACAAAUUCAAUUCUAUAAAGACGGGUUUGUUUUCUAUCAACAGUGAACAACAUUUUAACUCAUGAUGAUGAUUUUUCAAGUAGGGUCGAGGGGUCAAGCGAGUAACCCCUUAAGGUUAAAGGUCAUGGACAUAUCAAGGCAACUGAACAAAUUCAAUUCUAUAAAGACGGGUUUGUUUUCUAUCAACAGUGAACAAUUUUUUAACUCGUGAUGAUGAUUUUUCUUCCUCUCAUUUUGAAAUGAGUAGCAUUUAAGAAUGUUUUUAAUGACCUGAUAUUCGUAUUCACGUUAUGCACAACAGGAUCAAGUGCGUUAUUUAUUUUAUAAAAUAGCGACACAUGAAAGAUAAGAGUUAAGACCUUGCAGGCUUGCUAAUCACCAAAAAGUUCACGGGAUUCCACUUGCCUUGAGCAAAUAUAAAAUCCAUAGAACUUGAAUCAGACACUGAGACGGCUGAAAUUGGCAUGCCCUGAAAUUCCUGGCUUCAUUAUAAAAUCCAAAAGUCAAAACAGGCAAAACAACGCAUUUACAGUUUGAACAUAGAUUACUUAAUAUUUACAGUGGAUUUACAAUCAGUUAUUAUAGAUAUUCACAUUGCAUCCAUGAAAAUGAAAAACUUUCUGGAUGCUCUGCUGCUGAUUUAUCUGGGACGAGCUGAAUUCGACAGUGGGCUGGCAAGAUGCAGAAUCGCCGCCCUAUGCCACGGUUUCUUGACUAGAAGUUGUAGUAGUAAUAGUACUGUUGAAUGUAGAACUAGAAGAAGAAGGAGCAGUAGAAGCACUGGAAGAAGUAGCAGUAGUAUUAGAAUUACACGUAGCAGAUGUUGGGCAAGAAUGAGACCUCGCUGAGCUGUCAAAAUACCUGUAUCAUCACAUGGUCUCAUACUUGGCAACCAGCCCUACAUCUCUGCUUUGUCUUGUUUGUUUAUUAAUCCCCAACAACCGGAUUUAAAUAAAUAUUAAAACCAAAACAAACUAGCCCAAGUUGUUGUUGUUAAUGUCCGUGGUGCUUGAAACAACAUGGGGGUCAUUGUCGAGCCUGAAGAAAAAGUGGUCUACAUUCUCGAAAAAGUCUGACAUGAUUCUUGUGUAGCUAGUGUAUGUACACAUACUGGGCAACCGGCCCUACAUGUACAUCUCUGCUUUGUCUUGUUUGUUUAUUAAUCCCCAACAACCGUAUUUAAAUAAAUAUAACAAAACUAAACAAAGUUACCUGAGUUGUUUGUGGUGCUUGAGGUUGAAACAACAUGGGGGUCCUAGAAAUAGAGUCUGACAUGAUUAUUGACGUUGUAAUGUAUAGCUAGAGGUAGUACUAGUAGAGUGUAUGUACACACGUGUAUAGCGCAUUUCAUUGCAACUUGUCUGCAUGAAAUAUCAUGCGUGUACAUCCGUUUCACAAAAUCCUGAACAAUUUUCACACAUUGCCAACUUGUCUGACUUUCCCCUUCUUUCCUGCUGAUAUUCAGGCACACACUGCUUUGCUUGAUGUUUGUUUUCCAAAUAGAUGCCACGUUUUUUGAACUAUUCAAACUCCUUAAUUCGUUCUUUAGCAGGCUGAUUAAGAGCCCGUUUCACUUCUUCAAUAUCUUUGUGCAUGACCGUCUUGAUAAUUUUGUGUGGAACAGUUGGAAUUUUGUUGGUUCACAAAAUGGACACUUCCGUUUUGGAUAUGAAUUCUAAUGUGAGGAUGCCGCAGAUGUUGGAAAGUCAUCUUUUGCUGAAUCUUCCCUGUCGUUGCUUGUUUGCCUUUCUCCUCCAAAGUAGAAAGGCAUCUUUCCAUGACUUGACCGUGACGUCUUUCCAUGUCUUGACCGUGACGUCUUUCCAUGUCUUGACCGUGACGUCUGCUUGGUACUUUAAACCCUUCUCUGUAGGUCUUCUAGCCUCUCAGAUAUGAUGAAGGUCUCUUGAUGAUGGAAGAUUCACUUCAUAAAACGAAAUAACUUGCUCAAUCUGAUGAACUUCAUUCCUAGGUUUUGAAAGUUCCUCCUUCGGGGGUCACGGCUGAGCUGUCUUCUCUUGGCACUUGAAACAUUGCAUGUUCAUCACCCGAGCUCAACAGUUCUGUCAGCAUAACGAGUUUGCUACGUUCAUUUUUGGGCUACUUCUUAAUUCGUUCCCUUUGGAUUUGCUGUAAUCCACACAGACUUUGUACACAACCACUGACGUACUGGUGGGGGGGGGGGGGGGGGGGAGGUGCUAGCCCCCCUCAACCAUAACUUAUAUAAAUAAAACAAAAUAAGUGCUCUUACCCUUACCAUUAGGAAUAUUCAACUUGAUGAUUGACAGAUUGACAUAGGUUUUUGGUUUCAAAGUAUUUAUCAAUGGAUACUACAGACUACUCAAUGUACAGUGCAGUCUAUACACCUGUGUAAACAAAACAUUGUUCAAGUCUUCCACAUAAAUCUGUAUAUUCUCAUCGAUCACAAUACGAGAAUAAUCAUGUGACAAUAAUUAUUGGAGUUUGAUUAUCAACAAUUCGUCACCAUGUAAGUACCAAUACAGAAUUAGCACUUGCUGCAAGGUACAAACAAAAGAAAAAAAGAGUAUCCGUCCAUCAAUAAAAGAAUAUCAUUAGGAAUAUUCAACUUGAUGAUUGACAGAUUGACAUAGGUUUUUGGUUUCAAAGUAUUUAUCAAUGGAUACUACGGACUACUCAAUAUAUCCAGUGCUGUCUAUACACCUGUGUAAGCAAAAUAUUGUUAUAUGCAUUUACCACAACGAUAUGUUGUCGCCCGUAUUUCCUCGUCAGUCAGCCCCCAAAGAUCCGAGCACUCGAAAUGCAACCAUCUGGGGCAAAAAUCACAUCCCACCCAUUUCUCCUCUUGCUCCUAUUGCCCUUGGCAAACGCAGCAAAUAUCCUCCACCACAUUUUGUUCAAUUCUGGCCUUUUUUUUUUAAUGUCUUGUCUCCGCCUUUUCUAUAUUUUUCCUUUCUCGCUCCUUCUCUCCAUCGGCCUUUCUCGUCUCUUUCCUUUGUUGUAGCUCCAUCUUCUUUCUUCUUCUCUCUUCUCCUUCUUUGUCUCGGCUCUCUUUCCUCUCCUUUAGCUGCUGCUCUUUCUCAUGUUUAAUUCGCAGCCGCUCUUCUUUUCGUAGCUUCUUUCUGUUCUCCUCAUCUUUUCGCUUUUCCUCUUUUUCCUUGAUAUAAUUAUGGAAAGCAACACUAGAAAUGGCCUCUGGUAGUUGCUGACGACGCUUCCUCUUCUUUACCUCUACAGAAAAAAAAAGAGUAUCCGUCCAUCAAUAAAAAGAAUAUCAUGAGGAAUAUUCAACUUGAUGAUUGUACCUUCUGUCUCUGAGGGUUGGUAGCUUCAGUUGAUCUAUAUCAUCAGACUAGCGUAUAUCACACCCCGGGAUGAUCUUGCAGGCACGCUU